AUGUCUGCCUUCUUCUACGGUCAUCACCAGCAACAGCAUCAGCAACACCCACACCAGGGCGCUGCUAGCCAUAUGCCAUCGUCAAGCAACCAUCAUGGCCGCUCUCGCAGAGGUCCCAAGAUGGCAGCCCAAAAUGCUCAGCGUCAGUUCCGGGGAGUGAAGAGUAUGAGGGAGUUGGCUGAGGCCCCUGCCGUGACGGCCUUCCGCGCACGGUUUGAAGCUGGACGGUCUUUCGAUCUUGACGACGACCUCGAGUUUUGCCCAGGUCUCCUGACAGAGGACGAUCUGCACUCAAUCCACUCCGCUUCUUCAGAUCGCUCGUCUCUUUCCAGUGGUUCUCCCGACUCGUCUCCACUUCAGCAUCAAAUUCAACCUGUUCAGCAGGUCACGCCAACCAUCUCCUUGUCUCCUGCGUCUUCCAACUCGUUCAUGCACUCCGGAGUUGCCGGUAAUCUUAAUAUGACUUUCCAACAGCAGUCCGCAGUUCGCACUCGCAAAGUCAUCCCUAUCGUCAAUCCUAAUACGGGCAUGACUCUGACCAGCCCCCCAACUUCGAUCUCGCCUGGCGCGAUGCAGAACGCUCAGCGGCGGUGGUGA